AGAGAGAGCACUGAGACCAUUAUUCAUCCCAAAAACCUCACCAUCACAGAACAUUGGAGACUCACAUCCCAACCACCAGCUCUGGUGAUCUUCAGCAAAAAAGCACACAAUAUCAGAAGAAGGAGGAGACAACUAAGAAAAAGGAAAACUCACGGUCAGGGAAAAGGAGAUCAAUUGCCUUCACCCUCUUUGUCAUCCGUGAACCUUGGUGCAAGGGAGACUGAACCGAAAGAGAAAGUUUUGUGAAGCUGCAAAGAUUAUGGAGAACAAAGAUUUGAAUGCUUCAAACAUCACCGUGGGAGGAAUCUAUGACAUGUUGCUGGACAGCGUCAACAAUGAAGACACCAGACCCGUGAUUCGUCUUGGUCGUGUAGAUCCUACUGAUAACCCACUGUUUCGUACUACAAAUGUGGCUCUUGAUGCUGUUACAACAUCAGUUCAUUCUUUUAACUUCAACUGUUACCCUCCCACUCAUGGCUUACUUCAGGCUAAGAGGGCUAUUGCAGAUCAUCUCUCCUCUCAUUUUCCACAUAAGCUCUCAGCAGAGAAUGUUUUUCUCUCCAUUGGUGGCACACAAGCGAUAGAUAUAAUCUUACCUUCCAUUGCACGUCCUGGGGCCAACGUUCUCCUUCCAAAGCCAGGGUACCCUCAGUACGAACUUCGUGCCUCUCUUUGUGACCUUGAAGUUCGAUAUUAUGAUCUUUUGCCUGAGAGAGGUUGGGAAGUUGACCUUGACUCUUUAGAAAAUUUAGCAGAUGAGAAUACUGUGGCUUUGGUCAUCAUCAGCCCCAGUAGUCCUUGUGGGAAUGUGUUUGCGUAUGAACAUCUGAAAAAGGUUGCAGAGAUUGCAAACAAACUUGGAAUCUUUGUCAUCUCUGAUGAAGUUUAUGCCCAUGUAGUUUUUGGAAGCAAACCUUUUGUGUACAUGGGAGAGUUUUCUUCAAUAGUGCCAGUUAUUUCGAUUGGUUCUUUUUCAAAAAGAUGGAUUAUUCCUGGUUGGAGAAUCGGUUGGAUAGCCAUAUGUGAUCCUCAAGGAAUUCUUCAAAAAUCUGGGAUCGUGUCCAAAAUAACCAAUUAUAUAGAGAUCACUGAUAACCCUCCAACCAUCGUGCAGCAGGCAGCAAUACCAGAAAUACUUGAGAAAACUCCAAACGAUUUCCAUUCAAAUAAUCUUGGUAUACUGAGAGAAGCUGCAAACAUAUUCUAUGAUGGGUGUAAGGAGAUCCCUUGCUUGACAUGCCCUCUGAAACCAGAAGGAGCCAUGGUUGUAAUGGUGGAGAUUAACCUUUCCCAACUUGAGGAUAUUGUUGAUGAUGUACAAUUUUGCAGUAAGUUGGUCAAAGAGGAAUCUGUAAUUCUUUUUCCUGGUGUUAUCGUUGGACUAAAGAAUUGGAUUCGGUUUAGUCUUGCUGUUGACCCUUCUGAUCUGAAAGAAGGUCUUAGCAGGAUAAAAGCAUUCGGUCUUAGACAUGCAAAGUUGUCAUAAGUCAUGCUAUGUGAAAGGUGUAUGGGAGAGGUGGUGGGAAGUGUGUUUACUUUAGGGUGUGCUGAGUUUCAAUAAGGCAUUUUAUGCAGCUAAAUAUAUUCACAGGUACUGAUAUAAUAUCAUAUUAUUGGGAGUGCCUUAAUGAUGCAGUGGAGUUGCAAUAUAUGAUUUGUGGCAGUGUAUUUGUGUAAUUUAUGCUUCCUUUGUUUGGUGUCUUCGUCUUGGUUUAGCUUUUUCCUCAGAAUGGCUAAUUUGGUUUUGCUAA